AUAUUUGGAAUCAUCUCAAAAGUAUUCGUUCUUAUACCACCGUUUAUUUUCUCAAAUCCGAACCUUUUUUUAAAAAAACACACACACACACACCAAAAACGCUAAAGAUGGCUUCAAAGACACCAAAACCGCGCGCCGUUCAGCAUUUCACGCACAAUCAUCCACUAACGGAGUUGAACAUCGCAUGUGACUUUAUCUGCGACGGCUGCAAAACCUACGGCUCAGACAAAACCUAUAGAUGCGAGCCAUGCAACUACGAUCUCCACGAAUACUGCGCCACGUGUCCCUUCACCCUCCAAAACUUCACUCAUCCCCAGCACGAGAUCAGCCUCUUCCGUCAAAAGCAGUCCACGCGCCAGAACGAACGCGUGUGCGACAUCUGCAACGAGUCCGUCGAGGGUUUGUUCUACAGAUGCAAGCUAUGUGAGUUCGACGUACAUCCGCUCUGCACGCAGCUGCCGCAGCACGUGAGGCACGUGCUUCACCCUGCUCAUCACUUGGAGUUUCGCCUCGGUGGAGAGAGCACGUGUAUGGUUUGUCAAGGCUCGUGCCAAUCUUGGAGGUAUAGGUGUGAGCUCUGCAAGUUCGAUAUUCAUAUUGAGUGUAUCUUAGCCGUGUGCAACACGUCACCUUCUAACCAGACCGAUGAAUCGGGUACUAAAAGCAGAGGGCUUAAGGCACAGGGAGGACAAUCAUCGUCAUUGGCGUCGCGUCGUCCAAGUAUAGGAAGAAGAAUGUUUAGGGUUUUGAAGGCUCUAACGGUUGGGGUUGUUUGCAAUCUCAUCGCUGGACCGAUCUCCGAAGCCCUUAAAUAGCGGCAGCUUUUGAAAUUAACAUCCUGCCAUUAUAUAUUCGUGAUGUUUGUUUUCUUUUUCGUUUUGAACAAUAAAUUAAAUUAAAAAGUACCUUAAAAGACCA